AUUGUGACCGUCGAUGUGGAGGGAGAAGUCCUGAGGAGAAGUUGCCAAGUGAGGACACACCUGCCUGAGUCAGGGCGACAGACAUGAAUAAAUCAAUUAAAUUUACAACAUCAGGAACAGAUAAAAGAACAGACAUUGAGAAUGGAGAUGAGAAGAAAAAAGAAAAGACACUGACUGUUGGAUACUUUCAGCUGUUUCGAUUUGCCACUUCCAAAGACGUCGCAAUGAUGGUGGUGGGGGGCUUGUGCGCCCUCAUACACGGUGCAGCUGCACCUCUCAUGCUCCUGGUGUACGGCAGGAUGACAAACACGUUUGUGGCGUAUGAGCUGGAGGUCCAAGAACUGAAAGACAUAAACAAGACAUGCAACAACAACACCAUUUAUUGGAAAAAUGGCUCCAUAUACACAACAGCUGAAAACAGCACUGUGCAGUGUGGGGUGGAUAUUGAAGCACAGAUGACCAUGUUUGCAUAUUACUAUGUUGGCAUUGGAAUAGGAGUUCUAGUUGUUAGCUAUUUUCAAAUUGACUUCUGGGUGUCAGCAGCUGCAAGACAAGUUGAUAGAAUGAGAAAGACUUAUUUCAGGAAAGUUAUGCAAAUGGAGAUUGGAUGGUUUGACUGCAACUCUGUUGGUGAACUAAACACAAGGAUGUCGGAUGAUAUCAACAAGAUCAACAAUGCCAUCGCUGACCAGGUGGCUAUCUUCAUUGAGAGGAUCUCUACAUUUGUGUUUGGCUUCAUGGUUGGAUUCAUUGGUGGAUGGAAGCUGACUCUGGUGGUCAUAGCAGUGAGCCCGCUGAUUGGUGUAGCUGCAGGACUUAUGGCCAUGGCUGUGGCCAGGCUGACAGGACGAGAGCUAAAGUCCUACGCAAAGGCAGGGGCGGUGGCUGAUGAGGUCAUGUCAUCCAUCAGGACAGUCGCAGCGUUUGGCGGGGAGGAAAAAGAAGCUGAAAGAUAUGACAGAAAUCUCGUGGAAGCUCAGAACUGGGGCGUGAAAAAGGGCACAAUUGUUGGCAUUUUUCAAGGAUACCUGUGGUGCACCAUUUUCUUAUGUUUCGCUUUGGCCUUUUGGUAUGGAUCUAAGUUGGUCAUCGACACCAAAGAGCUGACUCCUGGUACUCUUAUUCAGGUGUUCUUUGGAGUACUCAUGGCAGCUAUGAACCUUGGCCAGGCCUCACCCUGCCUAGAGGCCUUUGCUUCUGGUCGUGCUGCAGCAAAAGCAAUCUUUGACACAAUUGACCGGGUACCAGAAAUUGAUUGUUUCUCAGAAGAAGGUCACAAACUAGACAGAGUAAAAGGUGACAUUGAGUUCCAUAAUGUCUCUUUCUACUACCCAUCCCGGCCUGAAGUCAAGAUUUUAAAUGAUCUGAGCAUGCAGAUUAAAGCAGGAGAAACCACUGCUUUUGUGGGACCAAGUGGAUCUGGAAAGAGCACAACGAUCCAGCUCAUCCAAAGGUUUUAUGACCCAAAGGAAGGAAUGGUGACUUUGGAUGGCCAUGACAUUCGCACUUUAAACAUCCAGUGGCUCAGAUCUCUCAUUGGUAUUGUAGAGCAGGAGCCGGUGCUGUUUGCAACAACUAUUGCAGAAAACAUCCGGUUUGGUCGACCUGGAGUAACCAUGGAAGACAUCAUCCAGGCAACAAAAGAGGCUAAUGCUUAUAAUUUUAUCAUGGAUAUGCCACAGAAAUUUGAUACUCUAGUGGGAGAAGGGGGAGGACAGAUGAGCGGAGGACAGAAGCAGAGGAUUGCUAUCGCUCGAGCUCUGAUCCGAAACCCCAGGAUCCUCCUGCUGGAUAUGGCCACAUCUGCCCUAGACAAUGAGAGUGAGGCUGUUGUCCAGGAGGCACUGGAUAAGGUGCGCAUGGGCAGGACAACAAUUUCUAUAGCCCACCGUCUGUCCACGAUUAGAAAUGCAGAUGUCAUCAUUGGUUUUGAGCAUGGACAAGCAGUGGAGAGGGGAACACACAGUGAGCUGCUAGAAAGGAAAGGUGUCUACUUCACUUUGGUCACCCUGCAGAACCAAGGCACAUCCAACACAAAUAAAGGUGCAAUCAAUGAAGCUCUUGAAGAAGACUUUGAUCUAAGAGUGAGGAGCCGCACAUCCAGUAAAGGGGGCUCUGUUCGACUGCGAUCGGCUAGCAAAUUGUCAAGUUACACAUUACCAGACAGCCUUGGGAUGCUUUCGGACAAGGAGUUCACAAUAGAAGAGAAAUGUGAGGAUGAUGUAGACGAAUAUGUAGAGCCUGCCCCGGUAGCACGUAUCCUAAAGUAUAACCAACCAGAAUGGCCGUACAUGCUGCUGGGCUCGCUGGGAGCUGCUGUCAAUGGCUCUGUCAACCCCAUCUAUGCUAUUCUGUUCAGCCAAGUUCUUGGGACAUUUGCCAUUCGUGACAUGGACGAACAGAGAGCGCAGAUUAAUGGGACAUGUAUUCUGUUUUGCAUUGUGGCAGUGGCUAGUUUCUUUUCCCAGUUUUUACAGGGAUUUGCUUUUGCUAAGUCUGGAGAGCUGCUGACCCGGCGUCUAAGGAAAGUGGGCUUCCAAGCCAUGUUGAGACAGGAGAUUGGCUGGUUUGAUGACCCCAGAAACAGCCCUGGAGCUCUGACCACCAGACUAGCCACCGAUGCAUCCAUGGUGCAGGGGGCAACAGGAUCUCAGAUUGGCAUGAUUGUGAACUCGUUGACCAGCAUUGGAGCGUCUUUCAUCAUUGCUUUCUACUUCAGUUGGAAGUUAACUUUGGUAAUUAUGUGCUUCCUGCCACUCCUUGGGCUGUCUGGUGUGUUCCAAGCCAAAAUGCUGACAGGUUUUGCAAAUGAAGAUAAAAAAGCCAUGGAGGCAGCAGGUCGGGUAUCCAGUGAGGCUCUUGCCAACAUCAGGACAAUUGCAGGCUUGGCUAAAGAGAAAUCAUUUGUGGAAUCAUAUGAACAGAAACUCGAGCUGCCAUUUAAAUCUGCCAUUAAGAAAGCUAUCGUCUACGGGCUUUGUUUCGGUUUCUCACAGUGUGUCAUCUUCAUGGCGUAUGCUGCGUCUUUCAGAUAUGGAGGCUAUCUGGUUAGCUCUGAGGGGUUACAAUACAUGUUGGUUUUCAGAGUGAUUAGCGCUGUAGUCAUCAGCGGGACCGCACUAGGCAGAGCUUCCUCCUUCACUCCAGAUUACGCCAAAGCCAAAACUGCUGCUGCUCAGUUUUUCAAAUUAUUGGACCGAGUUCCUAAAAUCAGCAUGAGCCACACAGAUGGAGAGAAAUGGGACAACUUCAGAGGUGAAAUAGAGUUCCUCAAUUGCAAUUUCACCUAUCCAACUCGGCCAGAUAUCCAGGUGUUGAACAACAUGGUUGUGUCUGUGAAGCCUGGUCAGACUCUGGCGUUUGUUGGGAGCAGCGGCUGUGGGAAAAGCACCAGUGUUCAACUGCUGGAAAGGUUCUAUGACCCUGAUGAAGGCCAAGUGUUGAUUGAUGGCCGCCCCUCUCACACAGUCAGUGUGCCCUUCCUAAGAUCUCAGAUCGGCAUUGUGUCCCAGGAGCCAGUGUUGUUUGACUGCAGCAUAGCAGAGAAUAUCCAGUAUGGAGAUAACACAUGCAGUAUCAGCAUGGAAGAGAUUGUUGAGGCUGCUAAGAAGGCCUACCUUCAUGACUUUGUGAUGACGCUACCAGAUAAAUAUGAGACUCAGGUUGGCGCCCAGGGUUCCCAGCUGUCAAGAGGACAAAAACAGCGCAUCGCCAUUGCCCGGGCCAUCGUCAGAAACCCUAAGAUCCUGCUCCUAGAUGAAGCUACGUCUGCCCUGGAUACAGAGAGUGAACAGACUGUCCAGACUGCUCUGGAUGACGCGAGAAAAGGUCGAACCUGUAUCGUCAUUGCUCACCGGCUGUCUACCAUCCAGACUGCUGACAUCAUAGCAGUUAUGUCUAAUGGAGCUGUCAUAGAACAAGGCACACAUGAUAGACUUAUGGCCAAGAAGGGCGCCUAUUAUAAACUUGUCACAACAGGGGCUCCUAUAAGCUAGACACCUGCAGCUACAGUGAUGAGCAUAUGAUGAAAAUGAUUAUGUCUGGGUCUUAUUGUACAUUUAAAUUCAUGCAGUGUCCUCAGAGAUUGUCCAUAAGCCAUGGAAAGAUUGUUUUCUUCAUUUAGCAUAAAGGAACGUUUCUGUAUUUUGAUUUGAAGAAUUGGCAUUAAUAAUCAUGUAGUUUAUUUUUAAUUCUGGAGAUUAAACUAUUUAUUGUGUAUAUUUGUUUUUCAGAAGUUCCUUUUAUAAAGGGGUAAAGAUUUUUCUGCAGCCAUGCACCUUGCCAUGUUCAUACCA